CGGCCCCGCGGCUCUCAGCGCUUCAAGGGCACGGACGGAGCCGAGCCGGCGGCGGAGAAAGCGAAGCCCGGCAAGGCGGAGAAGGAGAAGGAGAAAGCGGCGAAGGCCGAGGAGCCCGCGGAGGAGGGGCCGCCGAAGUAUGUCAAAUCCAUCUUAAAGAAGGGCGACAAAACCAACUUCCCAAAGAAAGGAGACACCGUGCACUGCUGGUACACCGGGAAGCUGCAGGACGGAACCGUCUUCGACACCAACAUCCAGACCAGUUCAAAGAAGAAGAAAGCAGCCAAACCUUUAAGUUUCAAAGUCGGCAUAGGAAAAGUUAUCAGAGGCUGGGAUGAAGCUCUCUUAACUAUGAGUAAAGGAGAGAAGGCUCAGCUGGAAAUUGAACCUGAGUGGGCGUAUGGCAAGAAAGGGCAGCCGGAUGCUAAAAUUCCACCAAAUGCAAAACUUUUCUUUGAAGUGGAAUUGGUGGAUAUUGAGUGAAAUGAAGGUUUGUCUUUGCUGCUGGGAAUGCAUUUGAGCAAGAAAGCUUCUGACAGCUGCAGUUCUGCUCUCGUAACUUCAGGAUAUAACUACAACUGUGGCCUUGUAUUGAAAUCAGAUUUGCUCCCCCCAACUGCUGUACAGUAACACACCACUAAAGAAAACAUUGUUUAUACACGCAA